UCUUGUUCUUUCUACACUAAUCUUUUAUAUUUCAUCUUUUUUUGUUCUCUUCAUAUAUGGAAGAGAAGAACCAACAUCUCCUUCAACCUCUCAUACAAACAAUCACCACAAAUUCAGUUGAAAAUGACUACGAAUUCACCUCUUCAAAUGCAAUUGUAAUCCUUAGGCUUGUUUUGAUCAUUUUUGUAGGAGUCGUCUCCUUAUGGGCAAGUUAUGAAGCCUCCAAAGGUUUUGCCAUAACCAUUGUCAAUGAAACCAAUGAUCAAAGUACAUUUGCAAGUAAGCGUUUCAAUCUCUUUUUUGUGUCGAACGAUGAGGCCACACGUUUAAUCUUGAAGACUAGUAAAUUUGUUGAAAAUAUUCUUUAUCCUAUGAGUGAUCAUCAGGACUCUUACCAACCUCAUAUCAAGAAGCAAGUCAAACAUGUCAGCCUCCAGCUAUCUAGUCGGAAUUUGACUCGUCCAAUCAUCAUCAAGUCGUCUCAACAUGACGAUGAGUUUGUUCUACAUAUAAGUCCUUCAAUAUUGGAAGGUUCAAAUUAUAAGCAUGACAUGUUUUUGGCGUUGCAAAAAGGUAUGGCACGUAUAUGGCUAUGGGAUGGUCAAGGUAACGCCCCGUCUAAUCUUGUAAAUGGCAUGAUUGAUUAUAUUACUAAUUUGGCUAGUUCAUCCGGACGUGUUACGUCAGAAUCUGAACUAGUCGAGUCAGUGGCUUUAGGCAGGAGGUGUUGGAAGAGCAAGGAUACAAGGACCAUAGUAAAGUCAUUGAAUUAUUGUGAGGGGAGAAAAGAAGGAUUUGUUAGAAGAUUGAACAAAGAGAUGAAAAAUGGUUGGCAUGAGAAAAUGAUUGAUGAUGCAUUAGGAAUGCCAGCUUGGCAUCUAUGUGAAACUUAUAAUAAAGAAGUGUUCUAGAAAUGUUUAUGAUCGAUCAAGAAGAUAACUUUAUGAAUGGACUGAUCGGAUCGAGUUGAAAAAUGGAAAAAUUUAUAGGAGUACAAGUUAUACGUUUUGUCACUAGUUUAGAGUUUGGUUCUUUUUGGAAUUAUAGUUGAUGAUUGCUUUUUAAUUCCAUCUCUACUACAGGACCGGCCUUGAGAGUUUUUUCUUAUUCAGCUCCUCGCGGAUAAAGGGAUUCAAAAAAAAUUAAUUAUUCUUCAAGUGAAUUAUCAAAUUAUGUGCAAGAGAAUAUGGCAUCUGGAAGCUGCCACAAUAUGUGCUAUCUAUUUCUGUUACGAUCAAGCUAUUAUUCGGGAUUGCAACAUUACCACAUGCCCCUAAAUGUGUGCACCAACAGAAGAACAUGGUUGUAAAUGAGAGAAAUUGAAGUGGUCUUUUUAUUUCAUUAUUUUUUAUUUAUUGAAGUGGGGUUGGGGCAUCAAUUCCCAUCUUCUUUUUUCAGAUAAUUGACAAAAUCAGUUUAUGAUUCUUUAUCUUGCUUUAUUUUUCUUUAUAUCCUUUUUUUUUCUGGCCAACUAUUUUGUAUGGUGAUUCUUUCUCUGUUUAUAUGUAGUACGAGUAAUAUUUAUC